AUGAUUUUCAGAAGAAAGAAGAAAGAAGAAAAGCAAAUGUGUGAGAGGAAGAACAUACCUGAAUCGUCUGCGGGAGGCGGGUGGACUAUCGGUGGUGGCGGCGGCGGCGUUCCAGGGAGAGGCGUCGACAGGUCUUCAGAUAUCUACCUAGUAGACUACUCUUGCCUUAAGCCACCAAACUUUUGGAGAGUACCCUUUUCGUCUUUCCUUGAACACUCACGUAUCGUUCACUCUCUUGACCAAGAAAGUGUUGAUUUCAUGUCUAGAGUGUUGUUGACUUCAGGUCAAAGUCAAAAGACAUGCAUUCCUCCAGCUCUACACUACCUUCCACCAAGAUCAUCUCAUGAAGAUGCCAUUAACGAAGCUCAAAUGGUUCUGUUCCCAGUUUUUGAAGACCUUCUGUCUAAAACACAGCUCUCCUCUCUCGACAUUGACAUUCUCAUAGUCAACUGUAGCGGGUAUUGUUCCACUCCUUCGCUAUCGUCAAUCAUUAUCAACAGGUACUCGAUGCGAGAAGAUAUAAAGAGCUUUAACCUCAGUGGUAUGGGGUGUAGCGCGAGUGCAUUAGCUGUUGACAUGGCGCAGAACCUUUUAAAAGUUCACAAGAACUCAAACGCUGUAAUUCUUAGUACAGAGAUUUUAUCAAACGGUUGGUAUGCAGGAAAAGACCGGUCAAUGAUGAUCCUGAAUUGCCUCUUCCGAUCAGGCAGUGCAGCGAUUCUAAUCACCAACAAGAAAUCCGCCAAAAAGAUAUCCAAAUACAGAUUACUCUACACUCUUCGAACCCAAGGUGCGUUCGAGGAUAUAGCGUAUAACUCUGCAAUCCGUGAAGAAGACUCCAAAGGCUUCUUAGGGUUUAGGCUAAAAAAGGACGUACUACAUGUGGUCGGAGAAUUACUUCGAUCGAACUUUCACAUUAUGGGUUCUUCUAUUCUUCCAUUAGAAGAGAAAAUCCGAUACGGGUUUUCUGUGAUUAGAAAGAAAUUCCUCGAGAAAUCGACUGAACUUUACGUACCAAACUUCAGGAAAGUGAUACAACAUUACUGUUUGCCGACGUCUGGGAAGGCGAUGAUAAUGGAGAUAGGGAGAAAGAUGAAGUUAAAAGAUGAGGAGGUGGAGGCUGCACUGAUGACGUUACAUAGGUUUGGGAACCAGUCAUCUUCUUCAUUGUGGUAUGAAUUGGCGUACAUGGAAGGGAAAGAGCGAGUGAAGCAAGGGGAGAGAGUGUUGCAGCUUGGGAUGGGAAGUGGGCCCAAAUGUACCAGUUUGGUAUGGGAGUGUAACAGGCCGUUUGUUGGAGAGUCUGCUAAGGGCCCAUGGGCUGACAGUAUCAAUAGUUAUCCUAUUUAUAGUUUUUUGACUUGA